AUGGUAUCUCGGCAGCGGAAGAGAAAGAACAAGAACAAGCAUAAUGAGUAUUAUCCUGUUUACAAGGGGCGUGUCAACCAACCUACCAUAUUUUCAUCCUGGGGCGAUGCGCAUCCACGAGUGACUGGGUGUAACGCAGAUUUUCGAGGUUGCGUUACCAUUGAGGAGGCGCGGGAAUUUAUGAAAAUCCGUGGGGUGACGGAGCCCAAGGAGAUUCUCAAGGAGGGAGCAGGCGAAACAGCUCCAUUACCGAACAAGCUAGCAUUUUAUGCCGUUGCUAAUGGUAAAAGCCCUGGUAUCUAUACUUGCUAUUAUGGAAAACCUGGCGCCAAGGAAGAAGUCAACGAGUUUUCGGGAGCAUGUCACCAGCAUUUUAGGACGCGUGCUCAAGCAGAAGCUUUUAUUGAGGAUUGGAAAGAUUCUUAUGCUGAUAUAUGGCGGAGUGCAAUAAGAGAAGCAUUAGAUCAGGGUUUCAGGACGGUGGACAUGAAAAUUGAGGUUGGAGACAUCCUAUCUUUGCCCGAGAGUGAUGAUAUUCUGGAUGGAUUGAAGAUGGACAAACUAAGAAUAAAGGACGGGGCUCAUGAUUAA